CGCCGCAGUCCCGGCAUGCUCCGCGCGGCGCUCGGGGCGCUCCGGGCGCGCUCCGGUUGCCCCGGGCCGGGCCCGGUGAGGGCGGUGGCGGGGCCGGGGCCGGGCCCGGUGGCGGUGGCGGGUCCGGGUCCGGGGCUGGUCCGGGGCAGCCGCCCGGAGCUGCUGCGGCGGCUGCGGGGCCUGGCGCGGGUGCGCGGGGAGUUCGUCAGCGAGGAGGAGGCGGCGGCGCUGCUGGCGGAGGUGGAACCGGCGCUGAGGAGGGGCCGCUACCAGAGCGACCACUGGGACCGGGCCAUCUCGGGGUACCGCGAGACCGAGCGGGCGCUGGGGGGGCCCGCGGGGGGGGCGCUGCUGCUCCGGGUGACCCCCGAGUUCCCCCCCCGGAGCCCCCCCCGGGCCCGCGCCCACGUCCUGGACCUGCAGCCGGGGGGGCGCGUGGGGCCGCACGUGGACAGCGUCAAGUUCUGUGGCUGCACUAUUGCCGGGCUCUCUCUCCUCUCCGCCUCCGUCCUGCGGCUCCGGAGCCUCCGGGACCCCCGGGACCACCUGGAGCUGCUGCUGCCCCCCCGCUCGCUCUACGUGCUCAGGGGCGCCGCCAGGUACGAGUUCACCCACGAGAUCCUCGGCGAUGAGGAGUCGUUUUUCGGGGGGCUGCGGGUGCCGCGGGGGCGGCGCGUGGCGCUCAUCUUCCGCAACGACCCCCCCGAAACGCCCCCGGAGCCUCUCGGUGACCUCCCAGCGUUUAUUGAGGACCCCCAGGACCCCCCCCCAAAAUAAACAGCGACCCCCCUGCA